AUGGGUGAAGAGCCGUCGAACGAACGUCGCCUUGCCCCCAUUGCAACAGCAGAGUCCAUUCGUGCAUGGGUGCACACGGCAAUUUUUGAGCCUAGUCCGGAACGCCCAUACAAGAUUAACUACCCUCCAGCGGACCGUCCUGUCCGAAUCUAUGCAGAUGGUGUCUAUGAUCUCUUCCAUUAUGCCCAUGCUCUACAACUUCGUCAAGCCAAAUUGUCUUUCCCGUCUGUACAUUUAAUUGUGGGUGUCGUAUCGUCCGAGCUGUGUGCUACACAUAAGAACCGCCCUAUGCUGGAUUCUUGCGAACGUUACGAGGCUGUGCGGAACUGUCGCUGGGUCGACGAAGUUCUCGAGGAUGCUCCAUGGGUCAUCAACCAGGAGCUGAUAGACAGACUUGAAAUCGAUUAUGUGGCGCACGAUGAGCUACCCUAUGCUAUGGCCGCGGGUGGAGAAGCCAGCGCGGAUGUGUACGACUGGCUUAAGAAGGCUGGCAAGUUCCUGCCUACACGUCGUACAGAAGGCGUGAGCACUAGCGAUCUUGUCGCUCGCAUUGUGACUAUGUAUCGGGAAGGCGAGCUGGAUGGUAAGCUAGUCAAGAUUGGCGAAGCGAAUCUCGCAUCUACAGCGCACUAA